AUGACAUCCAGACGAUGGUCAUCCUUAAGUGCUUACAUAAAACUGCUGCAUUCCAACAACGGUGGUUCUAAAAUGGUCCAGAGAUUUAAGCAGUCAAUACAAGAGACCCUUUUUACUGAGGUCCUCUUCCCCACUGCCCCCAGCUUGGGCCUGCCUCAUAUAAGACCCUGGAAGGUCUGGUCUGGAGAGUGCGGUCUGCAUCCAGUUAAGCCAAAGCCCUCCAAGCCCCAGGAGAAGGGCUCCAGCUUCACCUCCCCACCGCUCGGGCCGCAGAAACCAGCCGCGCACGGCGAAGACACAGGAGCAGAGCUGGCGGCGGCGGCUGCGGCAUCCAAUAUGGCGGCUCCAGCCAGCCGCGCAGUUCGGAGGCCCGCGGCGCCCACCGCGCCCCCUGGCGGCGGCCCGACCGCCGCGCGGUACCAUCGACGCAGGCGGGCCAGAGCGCCGUCGCCGGGGGGCCUCGCUGCUCUCCGCGCUCCUCGCCUCGCCUCUCCCCGCGCCGGAAGUUCCCCGUCUCGCUUGGCGGACGACAUCAAAGCGCUGGUCCCUAGAAAAACCGAAUGUCCCCACAAAGUGGCAAGUUUAGGAAAUAGCAGUGAUCUGAUUCCCGUUGUUUCCAUGUGGAUUGGCUCCUCAGCACGAGCUCCUGGGUUCAGUUGUUUAUCAGAAUUUCUCUGGGCAGUGGCCUAAAGGUUAACAGCCGAAAGAACCGUUCCUUAUCAUUCAUUUAUUUAAUAACAAUGAGCCCAAGCCGUUUAAUAGGUAGGCUAGGGAGGAAAUGUUAUAAACAAAGGCUUCGGGUCCAGUGUGGACAGAAGGCGAAAGCAGUGCGUGCAGCAACUGGUGCAGGAGAUGCACGCUGCGUGUCCUCGGGCGGGCCUGAGGGAGGUGGACAAUGAGGAUGCUGGUGUGCACGUUUCAGAACGCGGGAGAUCUGGACAGGUGAGAGGAAACCUACCUCUUAAGGAAGCUGAAUCAUUCUAAAGGAAUUUUGCCCAAGGUUAUAUGUAGUAAGAGGAUGAAGACUUAUUUCUAGAUGAAAUAGAAGUUGCUGCUAACAAAAUGCCUUCUGUGUUACUUCGUGCAAUGUAAAAUAGCCAAUACCAGAUUGAGAGCUAACAUUUAUUAAACGUAAAAAUUCAGGGUAUGUGAUUGAAUCUCAGACACCGCUGUCUUCCUGUUGAAAUUCAUUUUCAGGCAGUCUCUCCUCCCAAACUCAGCAGAAACGAAGGGAGGAAAAUGACAGAAUUUUACUCUGGGGGAUUACUGGAAUCAAGUUAGUUCCCUAAGACAUGAGCCCAGAGCCAAUGACAAUGAGAAAGUGAGAUCCUUCCUGAGAGUUCAGGAUCUUUGGGUCUACUUCACUGACAGCUUUAAUAGGAAACUGGAUAACUUUUACAUCAGUAAGAGCUUAUAUUUUUACCUUCAAAAUCCCUUUCAGACGGUAUCAAAGUUCUCCGUAUUGCUUAAUAAGCCAAGCCAUUAUGAUCUCUUGCCAACACUAUUGCAGUAGCUUCCUAACUGGUCCCCCUGCUUAUCUUCUUUCAAAAUUCAUUCUCCAGACAGCAGCCAGAGGGAUCUUUUUUUUCCUUUUUUUUCUUUUUUUUUCUUUUGUAGAGAAAUCAGAUUAUAUCACUCCCUUGCUUAAAUCCUUUAAUUCUUUGCCAUUACACUUCCAGUAUUAUCACCACCUCUUACCAUGGCCUGAAAAGCCCUGCCUCAACUCACUGCUUUCCUUUGUGCUCACUUCACUCUGGCCAUACUGACCUCCUUUUUCUUCCUGAACAACCUGAGGACCUUUGUAUGUGUCUCUUCUCUCAGUUGGGGUUCUGUUGCUCCCAUUCUUUGCAUAGCUGACUUCAUCUUUCAGUCCCCUCCUGGGAGAGGGCUCUCCUAAUCUCUCCAUCUAAAGUAGCAUGCUGUCACUUGAGUAAGUACCCUGCCCAGUUCUACUCAUGCCAGAUUCUAAUGCUCAAGUCUAAUGUAUUGAUCUAUGCAAGAUUAUUGAGUCAUUUAUUAGAUGGAUGUUGACUAAAUUACUUAGCCUGAGAAAUUAAAAUGCAAUGCAAGCUAAAGAAUAAAAUCAGUUAUUAACAAGUUACUUGACUUGAUUUAAUAAAGCUUUCCUACUCAGAAAAACAGCAGAGGGCAUAUUUUGUUAAGGGGAAGGAAGAGAUAAAAACAGAGGAUAGCUUCAGCACCAUCUUAAACUGAGGAGGAGCAAGAG